GAUCAGUGAUUUCUUCAAGGAAGAGAGGAACUAACGAUUCAUUUUUGAGUAUUAGAACAUAGCCUUCAUGUCGUCCCCUCCCGUCUGUCCCCAGGGUCAGAUCUGUAGAGCGGAGGUGGAGAAAUGGUCCAGUCUGAAGUGCCAGGAGCCUGAGGUCAUGCCAGAGGAGGCCCACAUGUUUGACCUGGACUACUUCCUGUCCGACAUCUCCGACACCCUGUUCACCAUGACCCAGAGGCCCUGCCCUGGAGCCAAUGACCGACACAACACGUAUACCAGCAACGCUGACAUGAUCCAGCCAGGUCUCACCCCACUGCAGCCCAAUCUGGACGACUUUGUGGAUAUCCCAGAUAUCUUUAUGAGCUAUCGGGGACAGUCGUUGGAGCGGCUGGACCAGCAGGCUGGUUAUGCUGACUUUGAGAGCUCCUCAAGUUGGCCUAUCUCCUCUGUGUCGACCCGUGUGGUGACCGCUCCUCAGUUAAACGUCUACACACAACUAGCUCAGCCCAACCUCUCAUCUGACCGCCUGUCUCAGCCCUCCUCGUCCAACUCAGGCCCUGGUCACCAACAACAGGAUUACUACAUCGAGUAUCAUCCUCCCAGCAUGGUAUCAGGGACCAUCCCCUCUUAUGGACACCAGCCUUACCCCGGCGCCACCAUCUCCGUGGCAACCACUAACAUACAACAGCAAGGAGACGGAACCAAAGGUCGCAGGUCAAGCUCUCCCAACUCCCCACAUUCUAGCAGCAGCGUGCAUAUUGGAAGGUGUGGAUCUCAGCUGCAGCCUGGGUCUCCCUGGUCUUCAGGGAUCCCACUGCUGACACCAAUACACUGCCAGACGUCCACCUUGGGCCACACUGGGUUCCACACUGGCACCUCCCACGAUUCUGCUGUCUCUGCCUUCCUCACCCAGGACUCAACCCACACUAACACACCCCUCCUCAUCCCCAAGACAGAGAAACUCUCCCCUGUACAGAUCUACGGCUCUGAGAUAACUAGUUUAACAGUGAGCUUUUCAGGACACUCAGGCCAGACGUCCCCAACCAACCUUCACUCAGGCCAGAUGUCCCCAACCAACCUUCACUCAGGCCAGACGUCCCCAACCAACCUUCACUCAGGCCAGACGUCCCCAACCAACCUUCACUCAGGCCAGACGUCCCCAACCAACCUUCACUCAGGCCAGACGUCCCCAACCAACCUUCACUCAGGCCAGACGUCCCCAACCAACCUUCACUCAGGCCAGACGUCCCCAACCAACCUUCACUCAGGCCAGACGUCCCCAACCAACCUUCACUCAGGCCAGACGUCCCCAACCAACCUUCACUCAAGCCAGACGUCCCCAACCAACCUUCACUCAAGCCAGACGUCCCCAACCUACCUUCUAGAGAGGGAAUCCAACCCUGAGUCUCCACCUGGACAUUCCAAAAUGGAGUCAAACAAGCAUGAGGUUUGUCAUGGCAACCUGGUCUCAUGGCAAUUCGUAGGAUUUGCAAAGGAGAGUUAG